AUGGGGGAGGACAUCGGCGAGAUGGGGGGCGUCUUUCAGUGCACUGCCGGCUUGUCGAGCGAGUUUGGGGCGCGGCGCGUCAUCGAGACGCCCAUCAGCGAGGCGUGCAUCGGCGGGUGUGCCGUGGGCGCGGCGGCGACCGGCCUGGUGGUGCCGAUUGUGGAGGUGCAGAUCAUGGACAUGGUCCCGCUAAUGAUGGAAAAGGUGGUCAACCAGGCGCAGCGCGACGCAGAGGGGCGGAGCGUCAGCAUGCCCAUCGUGAUCCGCGGGCCGCAGGGCGGGGGGCACCGCCUGUCGGCGCAGCACUCGCAGUCCCUCGAGGCGUGGUUCACCGCAGUGCCGGGCCUCAAGGUCGUGAUGCCGUCGACGCCACACGACGCGAAGGGGCUCUUGCUCGCGGCUGUGCGUGACCCCAACCCCGUCAUCUUUCUCGAGCACAAGAAUCUGUACCAGCUGCCGCGUAGCCACGUGCCGGACGGCGACUACGAGGUGCCGCUCGGCGUCGCGUCCAUUCUGCGCGAGGGGACCGACGUGACGCUCGUCGCGACGUCCAACAUGGUGCACGAGGCGCUCAAGGCCGCCGGCCGCCUCGCCGCGCGCAAGGAGCAGCCGGUGUCCGUCGAGGUUAUCGACCCGCGCACGCUGUGGCCGCUCGAUGAGGCCACCAUCCUCGACAGCGUCCAGCGGACAAGCAGGCUCGUCAUCGCGCACGAGGCGCCCCGCCGCGGCGGCUGGGGCGGCGAGCUCCUCAGUGUUGUGCAGGAGAAGGCUUUCGACUACCUCGACGCGCCGAUCACCAUCGUGGCGGGCCGCGAUUGCCCCCUGCCCUACAACGCAGCGCUCGAGAAGGCGUGUAUACCGGGUGCGGCCCAGAUCGCGGAGGCGUGCCUAGCGGUCGUGCAGCGGCCGGGGUUUGACCAGUAGUCCUAGUCUCGGGAACGUGCUCGCGUCACGUGCAACCCUUGUGAACCAAA